AUGAAAACCUUCACCUCUCUCUUCGCACUCUUCCUGGCUCUCGGUGUGACACAAGCCGCCGAAUACGACCUCUGCCAUGUCACCGGAGUCGGGUACGGAACCUGCAUGCGCACUUCAAUGUGCACAAGUGGGGGUGGAGGAACCUACACCGGUUUCUGCCCCAACGACCCUGCCAACAUCAAGUGUUGCGUCAAGAAGUGCCCAGGACCCAUGAACGCCGGACGGUGUCGCCCCAUUAAUGCCUGUCCCAGCCACAAUUUCCUCAAAGGAUACUGCCCUGGACCCGAUAACGUGCUCUGUUGCUUGCCAUGA